AUGUCGUCCUUUGUAGCCAAGUUGUAUGUAAUAUUUUAUUUGGUAUUUUCCAUUGGUUCGAUUUCGGUUUUCGGAGAUGACCACGCAUCGACGAAUUCGCACCGGGGCAUAAAGCUGUGCAGCAAAUAUGACAAGCGCCAUAUUCAUCUCGGAACAUACGACGGUCUGGAUCGUAAGCCCCUGGUGAUCACAGUACGCAAGAGCGACCUCAAGGAACCUAUGUAUUACGCCGUUACCGCAGAUUGCGAGAGAGCUACUGGCAACGAUUGGAUGAGCAUUGGCGUUUUGAACGAGGAAGAACACAAGGAAGUUAAAGGACAUCAUCAAAAGUACUACCAAAAGAUUUUGACUAAGAAGUUCAUGAGGGUCAUAACGAUGACAGGUCGGCGAGCGCACGGGAUCAAUGCACAACCAUUUAUAUCGCGCAAUGUCAGGAAGCCGCAGGACGUUAAUUGCCGCGGCGGUAAUCAAGAUAACAACGAUGCCGAGUACACGUUUCCACCUCCAGAAGGGCCCGAAUACGCAAAAGGGGCCAUCAUUAUCUACCCAGGCGCCAUGGAAGGCAAAUACUACGUGGAUUUCGCAUACGGUAAUCCAUACGAGGGCCCCAAGAUGGUUUGCUUCAAGGAAGUGAUCGUGAAGGUACUCCCGUAA